AUGACGGGCGCCCAAGAGAUACCAGUCAUCGUCGUCACGCCGCCUCCGGAGGAUGGCCCGACGUCGACCGUCGGUAUCCUGACGGCGCGGCACUGGGGGCUCUGGGCCAGAGGGGCUCUGCGAAAGUUAGACCGAACAAGUGCAAAGGGGCAGAACUACUCGACCAAGCCCGGCGACGACGUCGAGUUGGUCGAGUUGCCAGGUGUUGAGCCAACUGGCGGUAAGUUGUCAACCGAUGCAGCUGCUGGACAACAGGCUGAAGGAAAAUACAGACAAGUUGAAGCCCACGAUAGACCUGCUGCGGCGGCUCCUCUCGAGAAACGAACCGCCAAAGGACACAAGAACACCAAAGAACCAGACCGACAUCGAACUAAGGAAGUAUCACACAAGCGGUUGAUCAACAUCGGCCUCGACCACGCAGCAAUCUCAGAAUCCGACAGGCUGAUAUUCUGCAAGAAGCAUUCGGCAGUCCUGGAAUCCAUCAGGUUUCGUGGUGAGAUGAUGCAUGCAUUUGAGCAAGAAUGCAAGCAGCCAUGGUACAACGGUAUCGAGCUUGAAGAUGACCUCGCAUCGCUUCUUCCGUCAACAAAGCACAUUCGAAUGAAGGCAGAGGAGCUGCUGAAGGAUUUCGCCGAGAAUCCAAUCCCAGAUAUCAGAGACGUGCUCGAAGACAAGAGACAACGCAAGCCAAGUGUUUGCAAGGUGUGGCGUGAGAUGCUGGAAACCCAUGAAAGAGAAUAUGGAGAGACACCACUGUUUGAGCCCUUUGUGCUGGAUGACUGGAAAGAAGAUAGCUAUCAGACCUGGGGGGAGAUACUCGAUGAGAAGUCCGGGGAGAAUUAG